UGAGGGCGCUGCUGGCGGCAGCGGCAGCGGCGCGGGGAGCUGGGGCUGGAGACGUGAAGUCCGGGGGCGCGAGCGAGGCAGCGACAGAGAGAUAGAAACAAGGCGGUCAGAGCCCCGCACCGAGCCGCAGCCAGCUCUAGGCGCGCAGCGGCCCCGGCAUCCCGGGGCGGGUGCUUGCGCGGGGCCUCGCCGCGGCCCGGGGCACCCGCAGUGCCGCCCGCCCGCCAGCCCGCCCGAGCGCCACGCUCGCCAGAGCCUGGCUUUCACUUCCUCUCGCCUCCGCCCGCCUCCUCGGCUCGCCGGCUGGCGUCGCCACCGCCUCCUUGUCCCCGACCACCGCUGUCGCCGCUGCUGCAAUCCAGAACGCACACUCUUCCACUUUCCCGCUGGAGGCGCGGAGGAUGCCCCUUGCACCAGACCCAAAGAAAUAAACCCCGAGCCUGGCUAGAGGAGCCUUGGUGGCUAGAAAGAAAAACCAGAUUCCGCUUUCCUUGAUGCCACUGCAGCAGCUGGCAGCUGGGAAGGCGCCCACAGAGCGGGAGUGCCAAGUGGGACGCGGGAGUCGCAGAGAAAGAGCCCCCGGGCGCAACUGGGCUCCCCUGGCAGAGUUUGCAAGUGGCUGAGACCCUCAGGAGCAAGAAGGAUGAGAAGGAACUAUGAUUAAAGGACUUGAGGGGUUCAUCUACCUGGAGAAGUGUUUGAGAUGGAAGCCCUGAGCCUUAAUGCUUGACCAGAUGAAAAGUUCGCCAGCUUCUGUUUCCACCAGGUGGACAUGUCAAGCUUGGUCCCCAGCUGAGGAGGAGGCCAGAAAGAGCCCUCAGUGAAAUAAUCCAAGCCCUAUAGGCCUGAGCAACUGGAAAAGGCAAGAAGUGAAUGCCAGCUGCUAGAGAACCCUCGUAAAAUCCUCCUCCAAUUGCUAUUUUCAAAAUUCUUUGGGAAUUCUGAGGCAAAGAACAAGAUGUAGGGAAAUGGAACCAACUCCUGGGUGUCCCAAGCCUCGAAACCCCUUUCAUGGCUCAAAAAAAGCUCACUUUGGCCUCAGGAGAACUGGUGAACUCUGUCCUCCAUUCUCUUGGCUUCAGCCAAGUGCUGGACUUGCCUUCUUGCUUUGACCUUGGCAGUCACCUUCACAGAGGGAUUAAGACUGAAGACCCCCAGGGGCUCCAUCCCUAAGGGAAGCUUGAGAAACAAAGCCCCCCUCCAUUCCCUCCCUGACCUCGACCCCCAACCCCCAGCUGAACCCCAACGAUCCAGUCCGGAAUGAUCCCGCUAUGGCCAAGCUCUGGUUCAAAUUCCAGCGGUACUUCCGCAGGAAACCUGUCCGUUUCUUUACCUUCCUGGUGCUCUACCUGACGGCUGGGAGCCUGGUCUUCCUUCACUCUGGUUUUGUGGGUCAGCCUGCUGUCUCCCAGAACCAGGCCAACCCUGCCGUGGGGGCCCCAGCGGAGGGUGCUGAGUUGCCCUUUUUAGGUGACUUCAAUCUGGGCAGAGGCUUCCGGGACACAGGUGAAGCCUCGAGCAUCGCCCGCAGAUACGGACCCUGGUUCAAGGGCAAGGACGGGAAUGAGAGAACCAAGCUUGUGGACUACGGUGGAGCCUGGAGCCGGGCCCUCAAGGGGAGGGUCAUCCGGGAGAAGGAGGAGGAGCGAGCUAAGUACAUCGGCUGCUACCUGGAUGACACCCAGAGCCGGGCCCUUCGAGGUGUGUCCUUUUUCGACUACAAAAAGAUGACCAUCUUCCGUUGCCAAGACAACUGUGCAGAACGGGGUUACCUGUACGCUGGGCUGGAGUUCGGUGCCGAGUGCUACUGCGGCCACAAGAUCCAGGCGACGAACGUGAGCGAGGCGGAGUGUGACAUGGACUGCAAGGGCGAGCGGGGCAGCGUGUGUGGUGGCGCCAAUCGCCUCUCGGUCUACCGGCUGCAGCUGGCCCAGGAGUCGGCCCGCAGGUAUGGAAGUGCAGUUUUCCGAGGCUGCUUCCGCAGGCCUGACAACCUCUCCCUGGCCUUGCCCGUGACGGCUGCUAUGCCCAACAUGUCCGUGGACAAGUGUGUGGACCUCUGCACAGAGAAGGAGUACCCGCUGGCAGCCCUUGCUGGCACUGCCUGCCACUGUGGUUUCCCCACCACGAGAUUUCCCCUCCACGAGAGAGAGGACGAACAGCUCUGUGCCCAAAAGUGCAGCGCGGAGGAGUUUGAGAGCUGUGGAACCCCCAGUUACUUCAUCGUGUACCAGACGCAGGUCCAAGACAACCGCUGUAUGGACAGGAGAUUCCUUCCAGCCAAGUCCAAGAAGCUCAUCGCUCUGGCCAGCUUCCCAGGUGCUGGCAACACGUGGGCUCGCCACCUCAUUGAGCUGGCCACUGGCUUCUACACUGGCAGCUACUACUUCGAUGGUUCACUCUACAACAAAGGGUUUAAAGGUGAGCGGGACCACUGGCGCAGUGGGAGAACUAUCUGUAUCAAGACACAUGAGAGUGGCCAGAAGGAGAUAGAGGCCUUUGACGCAGCGAUCCUGCUCAUCCGCAACCCCUACAAGGCCCUCAUGGCGGAGUUCAACCGGAAGUAUGGUGGACACAUCGGCUUUGCUGCCCAUGCCCACUGGAAGGGCAAAGAGUGGCCAGAGUUUGUGAGGAACUAUGCCCCAUGGUGGGCCACUCACACGCUGGACUGGCUCAAGUUCGGCAAGAAGGUGCUGGUGGUGCACUUUGAGGACCUGAAGCAGGACCUCUUCGUGCAGCUGGGCCGGAUGGUCAGCCUGCUGGGUGUGGCCGUCAGGGAGGACCGGCUGCUCUGCGUGGAGAGCCAGAAGGACGGCAACUUCAAGCGCUCGGGGCUCCGGAAGUUGGAGUACAACCCGUACACGGCAGACAUGCAGAAGACCAUCUCUGCCUACAUCAAGAUGGUGGACGCGGCCCUCAAAGGGAGGAACCUCACAGGCGUUCCCGAUGACUACUACCCCAGAUGAUGGGUCAGAGGGGGGAAGGGGAGCUGGGAGUCCUGACCAAGCAGGCCCUGGGGACUUAAGAGCCCUGGGGAUCCCCACCCAUCAGUCCUGACUUUGGUUCAGGGACAAUCCCCUUGGCUGCUCUUGGCCUUUGGUGAGUUUCCUGCAUGAUGAAGGAGGCUCGGGGAAGAGAUGUGUGGGCACCCCCACCUACUCACACCCCUUUGGAGAUGGAGGGACAGCUGGUCUGGGGAGUUCCAGCUACAUGGACCCUUCUCUGUCUCCCAUGUCCCUGCCCCAGCUACUACUCUGGGCUCCACUUGUGGGAAGGAAGGCCCAUGGGUGUCCUGCAGACAUGAGUGACCCACCGCUGGUAUUGAGACCCCUGAUACAAGAGCUAAAGGCAAUGAUGUAGAAAAAAGUGGACCCAGACUCUCUUCUCUGCUGAGCUGAGCACUCAUAACCUCCCCCUCUCCUCUCUACCCAGGAAGCACUGGCACCAAGUUUUAUCCGGGCCACUUCUGUUUGAAGAAAGAUUGGGAAAUUUCUCUGUGGCCUUAGGUUUCUGACAGUCUGGGGGUGGGGGUGGGGGACAGUGGUGCUCAGAGUAGGACAAUUGGCACCACCACGUGGGGUCACUGGCCUCCCAAGCCCACCCCCAGGUCAUCCUGCUCCUGAGAAACAAUCUGGUUGCCUGUCCACCUCUAGGGCUGGGAUUCUGCCCUUGUCCUCCCCACUGUAUCCAGGAGGUGACCCACUUCCAAGAUUCCUCAGGCACCAACAGUUCUCUUGCCAAGAUGGCCACGUGCCAUGUGCAGAAUCUGAGCAAGAACAAGACCCCUGAUAACACACCUCUUCAUUGUGGGGUCCAAUGCACUGGCCUGACACUGCCCUUCCGACCUCUACCAGUGGGUCUUUUUCGAUCCAAGCGAGAGAAUAAGAGUGCUCCAAAUCAGGUGGAACCAUGACCAAAAGAGACCCCCACUAUCUUCCAAGACCACUGACCUCCCUUUGAUCAUAGUCCAAUGCGGCCAGCUUUCCCUGGGAGCCCUUUAAGGAAUGGGGUGAAUGGGAUGGUUCUUCACGUUCGUACAAACGCUGCUCUUUUUUAAAAAACUUUAUUGAAGUGUAGUUGAUUUACAGUGUUGUGUUGAUUUCUGCUAUAUAGCAAAGGGACUCAGUUAUCUGAUGCUGAGACAUCAAACCAAAGGAUUCCCAAGGACUCGAGUCACCGAUCAUCUGUCUUAGAAAGCACUGAUCCGGGAUCUCAUCUCCCCCCCCCCCCCACAUUGGGUACCAGAGGUUUCACAUCCAGGGCACACCUGCGCACCUGCACCAUCCCCCACCAUGUAGAUGCAAAAGCCAUAGAUCACAGGUCUCUGCUGUUCUGUCUGGAGCAGCGCCACCCCUCCAGGAAGACCCCUCUGCAGCCUUGGCGUGCGGGUGAAUGCCCAUUCCCAGAUAGCCAAGAGACUAUGGAGAAGGCAAGUGUAAAGAGAUAUAUUUUUUUAAGAGGAAUAUAACUAAUACAUUCCACCCCCUUGGAACCUGGCCAUGCAAAGAGAAGGGCCUGGGGAUGAGACCUAUGAUUCUCUUCCCUGAUCUCUUCAUCUAUAGGAUUCAGGUCACCCCAGGGCCAGCCAGGGGGUUCUGAAUCUAUUUUGUACCAUGUUUCUUUGCCCUGGGCAAAUUUCUAGCCUUCUUUCCCAAAGCAGUAGAGGGCUUGGCCUCCCCUCCCACUUAGAGGUAAGCUCUCUCUGGAGGACUCUUUGUCUGAGACCUGGGCAAGCUCUUUGCUGGUGGUCACCGCAAGCCACCAGCCUCUGAAGAUUCCUCAGGUCAACACCAUCAUUAAAAGCAAGUUUUGUUGAUAAUUCUA